CGCUCCCUAGCUAACGCGGGAAACGUUGCUGUGUUGGUUCAGUGUUUUCCACUGAGAAGCAUUCGCCACGCUAAUCCACAUUUUAGCAGACAGUAUUAUUGUUAUUAUCAAGACCUAUAAAUGCUGUUUGGCUCUGGCCUGAGAAGGUGUAUCCUCGGCAGGACCACUGCCCCAAGGCCGUGGUGUACCCGGACCGUUUGAACUAGCUCAGAGGAUCAUUUAAUUAUAUGUCGGGACUCCCGCUGCUCGUUUAACGUUUGUCUCUGUAGCAAACUGAGCAGUUGUUAGCUGACAGACAAAGAGGAGAUUCUUGCUAACUGGCUAAAUAACCAACAAAUCUCCUGCUUCUCCCCACAUUUAACCCCAUGGAUACGUUUCAGAAGGUGGAAAAGAUAGGAGAAGGGACGUAUGGCGUGGUUUACAAAGCCAGGAACAAAGUCACCGGAGAAACUGUUGCGCUCAAGAAAAUCAGGCUAGAGACGGAAACAGAAGGCGUACCGAGCACCGCCAUCCGAGAGAUUUCACUUCUCAAAGAACUCAGCCACCCGAAUAUUGUCAAAUUGCAGGAUGUCAUCCACACCGAGAACAAGCUUUACCUUGUUUUUGAGUUUCUUCAUCAGGAUCUUAAGAAGUUCAUGGAUUCCUCCUCAGUCAGUGGAAUCCCACUGCCCCUGGUUAAGAGUUAUCUUUUCCAGCUGCUGCAAGGCCUGGCCUUCUGCCACUCUCACAGAGUACUUCAUCGAGACCUAAAGCCCCAGAACCUCCUCAUCAAUGCACAGGGGGAGAUCAAGCUCGCUGACUUUGGCCUGGCAAGAGCCUUCGGUGUGCCUGUCCGCACAUACACACAUGAGGUGGUAACACUCUGGUACAGAGCACCAGAAAUUCUCCUGGGCUGUAAAUACUACUCCACCGCUGUCGACAUCUGGAGUCUGGGCUGCAUCUUCGCUGAAAUGAUCACCAGGAGGGCAUUAUUCCCUGGCGACUCAGAGAUCGAUCAGUUAUUCCGAAUCUUCCGCACCUUGGGCACACCUGACGAGACUGUCUGGCCAGGAGUUACAUCGAUGCCUGACUACAAACCAUCUUUCCCCAAGUGGGCCCGGCAGGAUUUAUCCAAAGUGGUGCCUCUUCUUGAUGAGGAUGGAAGAGAACUGCUUGGAGAAAUGCUGAACUACGAUCCAAACAAAAGGUUAUCUGCCAAAAACGCCCUCGUACAUCGAUUCUUCCGCGACGUCACCAUGCCGAUUCCUCAUCUGAGACUCUGAGUCAAGAAAAAUAUCAGGCUUUUUUAAUGCCAACAGUGUCUAAGCAAUAAGGACCUCCUCACCUCGCUUCAUGUCCAUGACUGGACAGAAAAAAGUGGACACUACAGGAUACGUUGGAUCCUUUAAUGGAUAUUUGUUAAUAUCUAAAACCAGCGUCCUAGGCGAUAGAUGUCCUGAGAGUUUUUGCUGUUUUGUUUUUUCUUUCAGCCAUUUCCAAUAUCAUUAUUUUCCAUAUUUAUGUGCAGCUGCCAUUUUUGAUGUAAAUGUUAUUUGUGGUUGGGAUGAUCCUCUGACCGAGCGCAGGUCAGAUGGAAACACGUCAUUUAGCUGCCAUUAAAUUUCCCUAUUUAAACAGUAUGUUGGCUUCAGGAUGUCCAAAUUCAGAUAGUCUGGUAGUUCGAAAUAAAUACUGAAUGAGUUUGUGGGAUAGUGCAAAUAACAAAUGUUACGCUUUGUAAGACUGAGCAGCAGCUGAAUGAGAGAUGAAGUGAUCGGUGAGAAUCUGUUGGUGCUAACAGGAAGUUACACAUGCAGUCUUUCAGGUUGAUUUUCUUGCAAUUAAAUUCAAAAUUUGGGUCUGAAGUAUCUUGAAGUGAUUUUUAAAAACAGCACAGCUGAUUAGUCAUUCCAGUGUGUUGGAACUGCUGUUGCAUCUUUCUUACUCUUGAUUUUAUUCAGAUUUAAUGAACAGUUUUUAUGCAUAUUGUUUAUUUACAGUUUCGGAAAAAAUAAACUUGUUUGAACAACUGUUA